AUGCAUGCUANNGAUCUCCAACAAACUCCUGCAAGCACCGCAAAGGUCGCCUUGAAAGUCGUCGUUUCGCCAGCAGAAGUCUCCAAGCCAGAGAACCAUGUCUUUUCUUUUACCUCCGCCGCAGCACGACCCGAGCAAGAAGCAAUCACCGACAUUCUACGAAAUACCAUCGCCGCCAUAAAGUCCGCCGAGCCAACAAAGCCUGCGCCAACACCCGCACCAGCGCAAGAUGCAUCGGCUCCUUCAGAAGCCAUGGCUAUGGCCCAAGCUGUGUCAUCUACUGUCAAAACAAGUGAAAGCUGGUAUGACGAUGCACACCUCAUUACCGAUAUUGAGCUGCAGAGAUCAUUACUGGAGGCGAAUCCUGCCUUGAGACAACGCUUCAAUGAGAGUCUAAGAGACAGACCAAAAACCAUAACCAUUACCCAAUUCUCGACACAGUUCUGGUCAACACGUCUACACCUUCUACGCGCUCAUGCCAUUGAGAAGGCUCAAAAUCAAGGCGAUUACAAUGUGUUACCCGAGAUCAAAUUCACGCGAGUCGCCGCCGAGAAGGAAGGCGAAGCUGACUCUUUGACGCUUAGUCUGGCAGGGGCCCAGAUCAAACUGAUUUUCAAGCAAUAUCCCAUUGUCAGACAAGCCUACAACGAAAACGUUCCUCCAACCGAUAGCAAUACAUUCUGGUCUCGAUUCUUUAUGAGCAGAUUACUAAAGAAGCUAAAAGGCGAGAAAAUCACAGACGCAGAUCCACCAGAUCCCAUGUUCGACAAGUACUUGGGUUACCAAGAAAAGGGACCAUCCAACAUUGGCUAUGUUCCACACUUUAUUGAUCUCGAGGGCAAUGAGCAGAAUCACAGUCAACGUCAAGGAAACAGACCCGACGAAACCAUGCGGCCUGAGAAAGUGCCGAUAUUGAGGAUUCUCAACAAUUUGUCUGAAAAGAUGAUGGCUCAAGUGGCGCCAACAGACGGAGGAGCUCAUGCACCCAUUGGUAUGAGCGAGGAUGCAUUCAACGAAUUACGACUCCGAGACCUCCAGACUGAGGCUGGAGACAAUCGUGUCGUCUUGAACAUCAAAGAUCAGCAACGUUUGCUGGGUGGUAAGCAACAAAACGGACUGUCAGCGGAAGCACGACUAUAUGCCAAGCAAUCGCCUGAAAAGGUGCUUGAGCUGUUGCAUACAGAGAUGGCUUCCGCAGCUAGCAUCAGCCUCAGCAAGGUGAUUGGUAUCCAGUCUGACAGCGAGGAAUCGGACGACGAGAGCCGACCAAGCAAAAGAGCAAGGAUCGGAAGCAAAUCUGCACUUACACAGUCCACUCAAGAAAUGCUGGCUUCAAUCAGCAGACGCAGAAUGGCAGCAUCAGCCGAUGUAUCAUCAAGAAGAGGUCUAUCGCAGGCCACGUUUGAUACGCUGAGUCUCACACACAACACGACAGUAGAGUUUCUGCACUACUUCUGGACCCUCUUCUUGUCUGGUGAUGGGUCAAAGAGCAACGAGGUCGCAAAGCUGGUAGAGACUCUGGAUCGAUCAGUCGACCGCAUCAAAAUGGUGUCAGAUCAGGCGGAGAAGGAGAAGUUGCAAGAAGCAGAGAGUCUUCAGAAGCAGAUAUCAACACUGAACCCCAGAUCGACGAAGCGACGACGGAUCGAGAUAGAGUUGGAAAGGCUAGGCGGGNGGAAGCAGGCGGUGGAGGAAAUGGUUCAGCCCACGAUCAAAGCACUGGGCGAAGCGGCGGCACAAUAUCGCAAAGCAUUCGAGGAACAGAGUGCACAAGCGGCGGGCUGA